AUGUCAGGGAAGAUGACAUUGUACAAGUUGGUGGUGUUGGGGGAUGGUGGGGUUGGAAAGACCGCACUUACAAUUCAGCUAUGUUUGAAUCACUUCGUGGAAACAUAUGACCCGACCAUUGAGGACUCGUACCGGAAACAAGUGGUGAUCGAUGGACAGUCGUGCAUGCUAGAAGUGCUUGAUACAGCAGGCCAAGAAGAGUACACAGCACUGAGAGACCAGUGGAUCCGCGAUGGAGAGGGGUUUGUGCUCGUGUACAGCAUCACAUCGCGAGCGUCAUUCGCACGGAUACAGAAGUUUUAUAACCAGAUCAAGCUGGUCAAAGAGUCUGCAAAUUCAGGAUCGCCGUCUGGGGCAAGCUACUUAGGAUCCACGAUGUAUUCUGCUCCAGGUCCUUCAUUGCCUGUUCCAGUAAUGCUGGUUGGCAACAAGUGCGACAAGGCUGUGGAGCGGGCUGUCUCGGCACAGGAAGGGCAGGCCCUUGCUAAGGAACUAGGCUGUGAAUUUGUCGAAGCUUCGGCCAAGAACUGCGUCAACGUGGAAAAGGCUUUCUAUGAUGUUGUCAGGAUGCUCCGGCAGCAGCGACAACAGCAACAAGGGGGACGAGGGCAAGAACGACGAACGGGUACCACACGCGACCGGGAUGCCGCUCCAGAAUAUCCCAAAUCCUUCCGGCCUGAUCGACCUCGACACCGCAGCUCACUCAAAUGUGUCAUUCUAUGA